UCAGUUAACUGCAAGUGAGAGACGACCAUGAUGGCUAUUGAAUCAUUUACAAUUAUAAUCCUCUUGUUAUUUUCUUGCGUUCUUCUCAAAAUUUCAGCUCAAACCGAAGCAGAAGCUCUAAUAAAAUGGAAAAACAGUUUAAAUUCUCAUUCUCUUACCACAUGGUCUCUUAGGAAUGGAAGCGCCAAUCCUUGCAAGUGGUCUGGUAUUAAAUGCAGCAGUUCAAACAGUGUUGUAGAGAUAAACCUCGAUACGUCAGGUGUCGAUGGAACGCUCGAUCAAUUCAAUUUGUCACUGUUUAGCGAUCUGGCCUCUCUCAAUCUCAAUUUCAAUAAUCUGGUUGGCGAUAUCCCAACUCUAAUCGGGUCUCUUCCAAAGCUUACUUAUCUUGAUCUGGGAAGUAACAACUUCACAGGAACAAUGCCAUCAGAAAUUGGGAACCUCGUAGAGCUUCGUUUUCUUCGACUAGCCGAUAAUACUCUUACUGGAGCAAUCCCGUAUAAGGUUUGCAAUCUUCAGAAGGUAUGGCAUCUUGAUAUUUCAGAUAAUCUUGAUAUAGGAGGUCCGUUUCCAAUUCAGUGCAUGAAGACUUUGAAGAAUAUUCAGUUUCUUGAUCUGAGUGGUAAUCUGUUCGAAGGACCAAUUCCAGCAGAAAUCGGAAGCCUUACCAAACUUCAAGACCUGAAGCUGAGUAGAAAUCAGCUAAAUGGUUCAAUACCAUCCGAGAUUGGUCUGUUAGCCAACCUCAGAAUUCUUGAAUUGUAUGAAAAUCCUUUGGAAGGGCCAAUUCCAUCUUCUAUAGGAAACCUUAAGAUGCUGCAAACACUAGACCUUGCAUAUGUGAACUUGAAUUCCAGCAUUCCGGAUGAGCUUGGCUUAUGCACCAAUCUUACGUACUUGGGACUGGCAUCUACCAAUCUACAAGGUAGUUUGCCGCCUUCGAUGGCUUCUCUAAUCCAACUCACUGAAUUAGGAGUUUCAAGUAAUCAAUUAUCUGGUGAGAUUCAACCAUAUUUACUGUCCAAUUGGACUCAACUAAUUUCCCUUCAACUUCAGAACAACUCCUUCACAGGAACUAUUCCUAAUGAAGUCGGUUUGUUAAGAAACCUCAAUCUACUAUACAUGUACAAGAACAAAUUAUCAGGUCCCAUACCUUCAGAGAUUGGAAACUUGUCAAAUCUGAUCGAGCUCGACUUAUCUGAGAAUUUUAUUGAUGGCUCAAUUCCAUCAAGCAUAAUAAACUUAACUAUGCUUGAACGCGUGAACUUCAAACACAACCGACUCAGUGGAAUGCUUCCUCAGCAAAUAGGUAACAUGGAAAGCUUGAUACAUUUUGACGUCAGCACAAACACAUUGCAAGGAGAGUUGCCUUCAUCAAUAACUCAGCUGCAGAACUUGAAACUCUUUUAUCUCACAACGAACAAAUUUACUGGCAGUAUCCCGGAAGAGUUUGGUCCCAGGUCUUUAAUAAAUGCAAGCUUCUCUUACAACAAUUUCACCGGAAAGCUUCCUCCCAACAUUUGCAUGGGAGGGAACCUUGUAAUAUUGACAGCCAACAAAAAUAAUCUAGACGGGCCAAUUCCUGAAAGCUUUAGAAACUGCGCAAAAUUAUUCAGAGUUCGGCUCGAAGACAACCAUCUUGAAGGAGACAUCACGGAUGCAUUUGGUGUUUACCCAGUUCUGAAUUUUUUUGACACGAGUAGAAAUCAGUUGUCGGGUAAACUGUCACCAAACUGGGGAGCAUGCACCCAGCUUUCGUUCUUCAGAAUCUCGGAGAACAUGAUUUCAGGUGAAAUUCCACCAGCUAUCGCAAGCUUAAAAUCUCUGGAAGACAUUAGCCUUUCUUCAAAUAAAUUGUCAGGUCAUAUUCCAGUGGAUAUGUUUAAUUCAGAUUCCGUUAUAUUCAAUCUAAAUUUGAGCAGAAAUCAAUUCUCAGGUAAGAUACCCAUAGAGGUUGGGAAAUUAGCACGUCUGCGAAAUUUGGAUUUGUCCGUAAACAACCUCCGUGGGCAUAUACCCGGGGAAAUUGGGGAAUGCAAAGACAUGGUAACCUUGAAACUAAACGACAACAAGUUAAAUGGAAAAAUUCCAUACCAGGUUGGAAAUCUGGAGGCUUUGCAGUCUGAAUUUGAUCUCAGCCAAAACGAACUCGAUGGAGAGAUAUCACCACAGCUUGGGAAUUUAAGAAAUUUGGAGAGCUUGAAUCUUUCUAACAACAAGCUAUCUGGUUCAAUACCCUCUUCUCUACAGGGUAUGCUAAGUCUUGCAUCUAUUGAUCUUUCGAAUAACGAACUCGAGGGCCCAGUUCCAGAUGUGAAGGCAAUCGAAAAAGAUCCUGUCAGAGCCUUAGGAGGUAAUCAAGGUCUGUGCAGCAAUGAACUGAUGGGAUUGAGCCCUUGUAGAGGUACACCAUCAUCCGAUAACCGCAGAAAAAUCAAUAAAUGGAAAUAUAUAAUUUCGGUAGUUGUUCCAGUUGCGGUAUCACUGGUUCUUCUACUGAUUCUGUUUGGAAUUUUCUGCUGCUGCCGUAACCGCAAAGUUGGCUCAGACGAAGAAAAACUAGAUUCAGGUGGUGGAAGAUUAUUCUCAGUAUGGAACUACAAUGGAAACGUGGUGUUCAAGGAUAUUGUAAAGGCAACAGAGAAUUUCGAUGAGAAGUACUGCAUAGGCAAAGGUGGACAAGGAAGUGUAUACAAAGCAACACUUCAAAAUGACAGAAUUCUUGCUGUAAAGCGCCUCCAUGAUGCAUCGUCAUCAUCCAGUGAAUAUGCAUCCUCAGAGGCUACGCGCUACAAGAGUUUUGAAUCUGAAGUAAAUGCACUGACAAACAUACGGCAUCGAAAUAUUGUGAAAAUGUACGGUUUCUCUUCGACAAAGGGAUGCAUGUUUUUGGUAUAUGAAUAUGUGGAGAGGGGUAGUUUGGCAAAUGUGUUGUAUAAUGAGAAUCAGGCAAUGAUGUUGGACUGGUCAAUGAGGUUAAAGAUCAUCAGAGGUGUGGCGCAGGCCUUGUCUUACUUGCACCAUGACUGCACCCCGCCUAUUGUGCACAGAGACAUAACCGGAAAUAACAUUUUACUGAACCCGGAAUAUGAAGCUAAGGUCUCAGACUUUGGGACCGCAAGGUUGCUAAAACCAGAUGAGUCUAACUGGACAGUACCAGUCGGCUCCUAUGGGUACAUAGCUCCAGAGUUUGCAUCUACAAUGAAGGUGACAGAGAAAUGCGACGUAUACAGUUUUGGAGUUGUUGCACUGGAAGUCUUAUUCGGGAAACACCCUGGGGAAUUCCUUUUGCAGUUGCAAUCUGAAGGACAUGAUCUAUUUCUAGUGGAUGCAUUAGACAAGCACCUAACUCUCCCGACUGGAAUAACUGCAGAUGAAUUGGUGUUAAUAGUUACCCUUGCUUUGGCAUGUACGCGUAUAUCUCCAAAUUCUAGACCAACCAUGGAUUUUGUAAAUCGUGAGCUGACAACAAAUACAGUUCUUCCUAUAGAUGAGAACUUUCACUUGCUCACAUUGCAGAAACUAAUGAAGGUUUUGUAAGAGUUUAAAAAAAACGAUCACCAUAUGAACCUUUUUGGUUGAGUGUGUGUUUGUUUGUGGUCCUUUUGAGUCUUUAGAUUUCCUUAUUCUGGUAGGGUUUUCGUGUGUGUACACUAGUGCUUUAAAGUUUAUCAAUAAAUUUAAGUUAUCGACACAUACUUUGGGCGUAUGCCAAUGUAAUGUAAUUGUACUAUGGAGUAAUCUACGAGGUAAUAAUGAGUGUUUCAGA